AUGGAUCAUCGCAACGAACAAGAAGCUGGUCGGCAGCGGAUGAGAGAUCUGUUUCAGCAGAGGGAGAUGGAGCGCGGAAGCCUCCGCCACAAACGGAUCUUCAAGACUCCCGAAGAAGAAGCCAAGCAGGCUGUGAGAAUCACGCCCAACUGGCAGGCGAGAAACAUGCGACAGCUGACUGCAACUCGGGGACCACCCCCAGUGUUUGAUGAGAACAUCUGGGACGCCGAGAGACAGAGAUCAGCCUUGGGCGAAAUACGUUCAGUCAGUCCCCGGACUCGUAUCGGCAAGGAUGAUGACGGACGUGCUACGGGCGGGGCGAAUGGUGACGGGAAGAAGAGCUCUGUCGGCGACGAUACAAAGUCGAAGGCUUCUCACAACGACAACAAGAAAUCUCACAGCUCCGCCUCAGCCGACAAAAAGAAGUCUUCUUGA